AGUUUUUAGGUGAUAUUGGUCAAGUGGAUCAAUUAUGCAUUGCAGGAAAACAUCACAAUUAUCUCAUUUUAGCUGAUGCAUCACCCCACCUGAAAAUUUUCCUCAAUCCAUAUGGACUUAGUUCAGAGGAAAGGCAUCCAAUUCAAGAUAUUGUUAAUGAUAAACCAAAAGGUUCAUGGAAAUGUCAUCUUAUACCUGGUGGUCAUACUGAUGUAAUUAUGGAUUUAACUGUAUCCACAUGUGGUUUAUGGAUUGCAAGUGGUUCUAAAGAUCAAUCUAUUUGUUUGUGGCAUUUAAUUGAAGCAGCAGAUUCAACACCAUCUUCAGCAUCAGCAUCGUCUAAAAUCAUUCCUGUCAAAGUGGAUUUGAUUACUCAAAUUCAUAAAGCUCAUGCUGCACAUAUCAGUUCUGUUUGUUUUGAUAAAUUAACAACACAUCUUAUAUCUAGUUCAGAAGAUGGUAUUUUAAAAGUUUGGAAUGUUCAAUGUGAUAAUUUAAACAAACCAGAUAGUAUGUUAUCAGAAUUAAAUACAAUUCAUGGUGCUCAUAAUGGAGUAAUUAAUUCCAUUGAUGUUUCCAUUGAUAAUCGUCUUGUGGCUACGGCUUCACGUGAUAAAACUGUGAAGAUAUGGGAAUUUAAAAAACAAACUUUACAUUGUCAAGGUGUUCUACAAGGUCAUCGUAGAGGUGUUUGGUCGGUUUGUUUUUCAAAAUUUGAAAAA